UGCUACAGGUUUAUGAUGAAUUUCUCUGAGAGCAGCACAGGGGACAUCACACAGAAGGGGUAUGAGAAGAAGAGAGCAAAGCUGCUGGCUCCAUAUGUCCCCCAAACCCAAGGGGUUGAUCCAGCGUUACAGAAGGAAUCCAGACCACCUCAAAUGCCCCCUCCAUCCGCAGCUCCAGCCUCAUCCUCCUCCUCCUCCUCCUCCUCCAAAUUCCACCGCGCUCGCUCCGGGGGAGCCCGAGAUGAACGGUAUCGCUCCGAUAUCCACACGGAAGCGGUGCAGGCGGCGCUGGCCAAGCACAAGGAGCAGAAGAUGGCCCUGCCCAUGCCCACCAAGCGACGCUCCACGUUUGUCCAGUCCCCAGCAGAUGCCUGCACUCCCCCAGACACGUCUUCCGCCUCCGAGGACGAGGGCUCGCUCAGGCGCCAGGCCGCUCUCUCUGCUGCAUUGCACCAGAGCUUACAGAAUGCUGAGUCUUGGAUCAACCGAUCUGUUCAGGGGUCAUCCACAUCCUCAUCAGCAUCCUCUACACUUUCCCAUGGAGAAGGCAAAGGGACCAGUGGGUCACUAGCUGAUGUAUUUGCCAAUACUCGAAUAGAAAAUUUCUCAGUUCCCCCAGAUGUCACAGCAACUACCUCCACCCCCUCGGCCCGGCCGGCGGCGAUCGACCUCCCUCCCUCUGGAAUUGUGAAGGGGAUGCACAAGGGAUCCAACCGCUCCAGCCUCAUGGACACUGCUGAUGGUGUCCCUGUGAGCAGCAGAGUCUCCACCAAAAUUCAGCAGCUGCUCAACACCUUGAAAAGGCCCAAAAGACCACCCCUGAAAGAAUUCUUUGUGGAUGAUUUUGAAGAAAUCGUGGAAGUUCCCCAGCCCGACCCCAACCAGCCCAAGCCCGAGGGCAGGCAGAUGACCCCGGUGAAGGGGGAGCCCCUGGGAGUGGUUUGUAACUGGCCUCCUGCCCUGGAAGCAGCUCUGCAGCGCUGGGGGACCACCCAGGCCAAGUGUCCCUGUCUGACAGCCCUGGAUGUGACAGGAAAACCCGUUUACACCCUCACAUAUGGCAAACUGUGGAGCAGAAGUCUCAAGCUGGCCUACACCCUGCUCAAUAAACUGGGGACCAAAAACGAGCCUGUGUUAAAACCUGGAGACAGGGUGGCCCUUGUCUACCCCAACAACGACCCCGUGAUGUUCAUGGUGGCAUUUUAUGGCUGUCUGCUGGCAGAAGUGAUCCCAGUGCCUAUAGAGGUACCUCUUACCAGAAAGGAUGCUGGUGGGCAGCAGAUUGGCUUCCUGCUGGGGAGCUGUGGCAUUGCCCUGGCCCUCACCACUGAAGUGUGUCUGAAAGGGCUCCCAAAAACCCAGAACGGGGAAAUUGUGCAGUUCAAAGGUUGGCCCAGACUCAAAUGGGUUGUGACAGAUUCAAAAUAUCUCUCCAAAUCUCCCAAGGACUGGCAGCCCAACAUCUCAGCAGCAGGAACUGAGCCAGCAUAUAUUGAGUACAAGACCAGCAAGGAGGGCAGUGUCAUGGGGGUCACGGUGUCCCGGGUGGCCAUGCUGGCCCACUGCCAAGCCUUGUCUCAGGCCUGCAACUACUCUGAAGGUGAAACGAUAGUGAAUGUGCUGGACUUCAAGAAGGAUGCAGGGCUGUGGCACGGAAUUCUCACGAAUGUAAUGAACAAACUGCACACCAUCAGCGUGCCCUAUUCUGUGAUGAAAACCUGCCCUCUCUCCUGGGUGCAGAGGGUCCAUGCCCACAAAGCAAAAGUGGCUUUGGUGAAGUGUCGAGACUUGCACUGGGCCAUGAUGGCCCAUCGAGACCAAAGAGACGUGAGUCUGAGCUCCCUGAGGAUGCUGAUCGUCACUGAUGGUGCAAAUCCCUGGUCUGUCUCCUCUUGUGAUGCCUUCCUGAGCUUGUUCCAGAGCCAUGGGCUCAAACCAGAGGCGAUUUGUCCCUGUGCCACCUCGCCCGAGGCGAUGACCAUCGCGAUCCGGAGGCCUGGAGUCCCUGGGGCCCCUUUGCCAGGCAGAGCCAUCCUGUCCAUGAACGGGCUGAGCUUCGGGGUGAUUCGGGUCAACACUGAAGAUAAAAACUCUGCUCUCACCGUCCAGGACGUUGGCCACGUGAUGCCAGGAGGCAUGAUGUGCAUUGUGAAACCCGAUGGGCCACCCCAGCUCUGCAAAACAGACGAGAUUGGUGAGAUCUGUGUGAGCUCCAGAGCAGGAGGGAUGAUGUAUUAUGGGCUGGCAGGGGUGACAAAGAACACUUUCGAGGUGAUCCCUGUGAACUCCUCAGGCUCUCCAGUGGGGGAAGUGCCCUUUGUCCGCUCCGGUUUGCUGGGAUUUGUCGGCCCCGGCAGUCUGGUGUUCGUGGUGGGGAAGAUGGACGGGCUGCUGAUGGUGAGCGGGCGGAGGCACAACGCCGACGACAUCGUGGCCACCGGCCUGGCCGUGGAGUCCAUCAAGACAGUUUACAGAGGAAGGAUCGCCGUGUUCUCCGUGUCCGUGUUCUACGACGAGAGGAUCGUGGUGGUGGCGGAGCAGAGGCCGGAUGCCUCCGAGGAGGACAGCUUCCAGUGGAUGAGUCGGGUGCUGCAGGCCAUUGACAGCAUUCACCAAGUGGGUGUGUACUGCCUUGCUCUCGUGCCAGCCAACACAUUGCCAAAAACUCCACUGGGAGGGAUCCACAUCUCACAAACCAAACAGCACUUUCUGGAGGGCUCUCUGCACCCCUGCAACAUCCUCAUGUGCCCACACACCUGUGUGACAAACUUGCCAAAGCCCAGGCAGAAACAGCCAGGCGUGGGCCCUGCCUCUGUGAUGGUGGGGAACCUGGUUGCUGGGAAGCGAAUCGCUCAGGCCUCGGGGAGAGACCUGGGCCAGCUGGAAGACAACGAUUUAGUUAAAAAGCACCAGUUCCUGACAGAGGUGUUGCAGUGGAGAGCUCAAGCCACUCCUGACCACCCACUCUUCCUUUUGCUGAACGCCAAGGGAACCACUGUGUGCACAGCCACCUGCCUUCAGCUGCACAAGAAGGCCGAGAGAAUCGCGUCAGUGCUCUGUGACAAAGGACAUCUCAAUGCAGGAGACAAUGUGGUGCUUCUUUAUCCUCCUGGCAUUGAGCUCAUCACAGCCUUCUAUGGCUGCCUGUACGCCGGCUGUGUGCCCGUCACCGUGCGCCCGCCCCACGCCCAGAGCCUCACCGCGACCCUGCCCACCGUGAGGAUGAUUGUGGAGGUCAGCAAAGCCGCCUGUAUCCUCACAACCCAGACCCUGAUGAGGCUGCUCAAGUCCAGGGAGGCAGCUGGAGCUGUGGAUGUGAAAACCUGGCCAACCAUCAUCGACACAGAUGACUUGCCCAGGAAGCGACUGGCCCAGAUCUAUAAGCCACCCACGCCUGAAAUGUUGGCAUAUCUAGAUUUUAGUGUCUCCACAACGGGCAUGCUCACAGGAGUAAAGAUGUCCCACGCUGCUGUCAGUGGCCUGUGCAGGGCCAUCAAGCUGCAGUGUGAGCUCUACUCCUCCCGGCAGAUUGCCAUCUGCCUCGACCCCUACUGCGGGCUGGGAUUCGUGCUCUGGUGCCUUUGCAGUGUGUAUUCUGGACACCAGUCAAUUUUAAUUCCUCCUAUGGAGCUGGAAUCCAACCUUUUUCUCUGGUUAUCUACUGUCAGCCAGUAUAAAAUAAGGGACACUUUCUGUUCCUAUUCAGUCAUGGAACUGUGCACAAAGGGACUUGGAAACCAAGUUGAAAUGUUAAAGGCCCGGGGCAUCAACCUGUCGUGCGUGAGGACGUGCGUGGUGGUGGCGGAGGAGCGGCCCCGGGUGUCCCUCACUCAGUCCUUCUCCAAGCUCUUCAAGGACAUCGGCCUCUCGUCCCGCGCCGUCAGCACCACCUUCGGCUCCCGGGUCAACGUGGCCAUCUGCUUACAGGGAACGUCCGGGCCCGAUCCCACCACGGUGUACGUGGACCUGAAGUCCUUGAGACAUGACAGAGUCCGUCUGGUGGAACGAGGAGCUCCACAGAGCCUGUUGCUUUCCGAGUCUGGGAAGAUUCUGCCUGGAGUCAAAGUGGUCAUUGUCAACCCGGAGACAAAAGGGCCUCUGGGAGAUUCCCACCUUGGGGAGAUCUGGGUGAACAGCCCCCACACAGCCAGUGGUUACUACACCAUCUACGACAACGAGACCCUCCAGGCCGACCACUUCAACACCCGCCUGAGCUUCGGGGACGCGGCGCAGACGCUCUGGGCCCGCACCGGUUACCUGGGCUUCGUGCGGCGCACCGAGCUCACGGCGGCCAGCGGAGAGCGCCACGACGCCCUGUACGUGGUGGGAGCCCUGGAUGAGACUCUGGAGCUGCGGGGGCUGCGCUACCACCCCAUCGACAUCGAGACCUCGGUGUCCCGGACCCACAGGAGCAUUGCUGAAUGCGCCGUGUUCACCUGGACCAACCUGCUGGUGGUGGUGGUGGAGCUGUGUGGCUGCGAGCAGGAGGCUCUGGAUUUAGUCCCUCUGGUGACCAACGUGGUCCUGGAAGAGCAUUACCUGAUCGUGGGAGUGGUGGUGGUGGUGGAUCCCGGGGUCAUUCCCAUCAAUUCCCGAGGCGAGAAGCAGCGGAUGCACCUCCGGGACAGUUUCCUGGCGGAUCAGCUGGACCCCAUUUACGUGGCCUACAACAUGUGAUGGGAGGAGCUGCAGGAGCCCAGAAGGACCAGGGUGGUGAUGGAAGUGAAGCUGGUGAAAUUACUAAUACUUGACCUACAGGUUGAGGUUGCUGCCACCAUUCCCUCCCUCCCGGCCCCAGGGAGCGGAGGGAAUUUGGGAGGCAACUGGCAAACCUUUGUAACAGUUUACUGAACACAUGAGCUUUAGAGAAAUGCAAAGUGGAAAAGUGUGUGAGCUACAAAACCCCCAAGGCCUUUACAGUAGUGUUACUUUUUCAUCCGUUGUACAUAUUUGUAUUUUUAUCUAAUCCCGGGGUAGGAUUCUAUAAGGGGAGGGUUUAUUUAGUUAAGAUAAUAAACUAUUAAGAAAAAGGGUCAUCAGAGUUCUGCAGUUCCCUACUCCAUGAUCUCCUUUGCAUCUGGAGCUGUUCAUCCCCUGGGAUCACACAACUUAUUGACAAUUGUGCCAUGACCAAAUCAAUAACGUACGGAAUCGAAGAGUUACUUAUUCAUAUAGAGAUUUCUGGAAUUUAAAAAAAAAGAAUUUUGCCUAUAUUUUAAAUAUGUAAAUAUUAUUAUACAUAAUUCACUUAGAUAGAAAAUUAACUUGGCUAAUGAGGACAGCUGAAGGUUGAUGUUUUUAAGGACAGGUGACUUUUGUGGUCCUCAGCAUCCUGGCAUUGGCUUAGACACAAAUGUGAGACGCUCCCACCUUCCACAGGUUUCUGAUUUCAUUUGUCUCUUCAUUCUGGCCAGAAGUGUGUCAGAGCAUGUAGAACCUUUGAUAUUAAGGCACAUCUUUCUCCAAGAGAUGAAUUUAAAACGUGGAACUGGGGAGAAAUGGCAAUGCAAGUCCCGAAUCCUGAACUGGAAUGGUGCAGCCUCUGCCUCAUCCUCUGGCUCCAGGUGUGGGAAGGAAAAACAUUCCUUAGGUGGACACACAGGUAACUGCCCUGCUUGUGCCAUCCAUGACUCCUUCCAUCCCCAGGAAAUACUGUAAAUAGGCUUUAAGAAAACUGGGAGCAAAGAGCCCAUCUUCCCUCAGAGCAUUCCCUGGAAAGAACGGGAGAAUCCUGAGUCGGAUGCAAUUUUUAUUUUACAGGGGACAGAGCAAUUGUGGCAAACACAGCGUUCAACAAAGCUGUGCAAACUGCUCUCCCAGCCUUCCACCUCCUGGGUCAGCUCCAAAGUUAGGGAAUGGGAAGAAAGAGAAGCCUUAGAGCAGCAGGUACAAGCUUUUCCUGCUGGGAAGCCCUUCCACGGAGCCGGUGGUUGAGCUUUGACUCAAAAAUGACCUUUUCCGUUUUAACACUUCAUCUUUCAAUAGCAAUUACAUUCCUCUGGGUGCUAAAAUAUGAUUUUGGAAGCCUUGGGGGCUGCUGCCAGAUCCUGCAACAGGGUUUUUUUUUUUUUGAGUCCCACGUGGUAUAUACAGUGUAAAUAUAAAACUUUUCAGAUGUUCCAGAUACCUCAUGCAAAGUUUUUAGGCCGUUUUUAAAAAGGUUCGUGGUGUGGACUCAGAAGAUCCUGUGGCAGUUCCUGGAGCAGGACCCAGUGGAUCCGUGGGCAAAGCCCAGCCAUGUCCUGGAAAAAGAAAAAAAAAGCUCCUGCUGCAUCCUGGUAGUUUCCUCACCGAAAAACAGGAGCUUUAAAAAAAAAAAAACAAACCUCAGAGAAGAAGUUUGAAAGUAUAUUUUUGAAAAAAAAUAAAAAUAAAAAAGAAUAAAUAUUUGGUGGGGAAAUAGCUUUAGGAACUGGAAGUUUUCUGGCAGGUCUGGGCUGAAGGUUCUUUGCAAACACUUCAGUUCACGGGGGGCACGUUUUGGAACCUUUUCUGUGUUUUCCACAGUGUCAGCAGAAUAGGCACCAAACCUUUAAUGUGUUUAGUUUUAACAAAUUGACCACAAAGUGGGGACAGUGACAGGGGAAACUGUGACUAACACAGUUGCUCCUGCAGCUUGUUUUGGGUGUAAAGUGCACAAAGGUGGUUCUCCCUUUUCAGCCAGAAAAUUCCUGUUAUUCCGUGUUCUGUGUCACCAUUUUUGUGUUUCUUGCACAGCCCAGGCCUGGCCGAGCAGCUUCACUCCAAUGUGACCUUUCCAGGGAAAAUUCUGGUGGUCUUGGACCUUUUCCUUUACUCAAAAGCUUUAGUUAAAAUUGUUUCAGCAAAUGCUUUUUGUCCCCUGGAGUGGAUUUUAAGUCCAAUUCCGGGAUUGUCAUUUAUUUUUCCUCGUGAUCCUUCACAAACGAAACAAUGUGUGUGUGAAUUCCAGCAGAGAUUCCCAAGUGUGCUAGGUGGCCUUCCCAAAAUGGCAUUUUUGAAUGAGACUGGAUUCAUUUGAUCUCUUUUCCCCUUUAUUUUUUUGUUUGGAUGGGCACCGAUGGCUUUUCAUGCCUCGGGGGCUUUUCUCUUGCAAUUCCCUGGGUGCUCCAAGUCUUCCUUCCAGCACCUUCCACUUCUCUGGGCUGGAGAACUGCAGGAUGCAGGGAACAUUCCAGGGACAUGGAGCAGCUGCUCAGUUUGGCUUCCCUGGGUGCUUUGUCCCUGUUUUGGCACAGUGGGAAGCAAAGUGCUGGAGAGGAGGAAGGAUGGAGCCGGGACUCCGGAAUCCCCAAAUUCUUCCUCUGGCUCCACGAGCUUUCCACGGGUCAUUCCACUCCUUCCAUUCCUUCCUCUGUGAUUUUUCCAUAUGGGAACAAACCAAGAUCCUUCACUCCAGACAUUGGCAGGGGCAGGGCUGGGUGCUUUUCCCCAAAAAACAGCCUCUCCCCCCUGGUUUGACCUCCCAGCUCCUGGAGUUGCACAGGGCACAUUUUUCCUUCCUCUUGUCCAUAAGAUUCCGAGCUUAGCAACUGCAGUGAAACUGAAAAACUGGGAAUUCUUCCCCCUGGACUAAACUAGUUUGUGUGUCUCACUGUUUCUGGAUCUUCCCUGAGCAAACUGUGUGGGAACAGGUCGGUUUUAUCCUCUUCUGUUGGAAUUUGCACUUCAUUUCUGGUUUAAAUCAACGGAAUUCAGCUGUUUCCUACUAACUGCUCUAAAAUAAGGUUGUAAAAACCAGAUCAAUUUUAGCCCUAGGUGCAUUUGUUUUCCUUUAAUUUCUGUCAACCUCUUUCCCAUUGUCCAAUCCAGACUCCGGCGUUUCUGUAAUUAUGUAUAAAGGUUUUAUUUAUUUAAAAUUAGCUUAGUUACAUUUUUAAAUUUAACACCUGGCUGGACAGUGUCCCAUUAACGCAUUGAUUGUGUUUCCUUUGUCUUGUGUUAAUAAAUAUUGAUGCCUGGUUGCUCGUUUAGUCCUU